CUCCCACUCCCCAGCAGCCGCCAGCCCGCACACCCCUCCCUCGCGCGCUCAGGGUUUCGGAAUGGAAGCCGAGGCGGCGGCCAAGAGGACGCGGGACAGCGGGGAGGACGCCGCCGCGGCGGGGAUCUCCGCCGUCAUCCCGGGAUGGUUCUCCGAGAUCAGCCCCAUGUGGCCCGGUGAGGCGCACUCUUUGAAGGUGGACAAGGUGCUGUUCCAAGGGAAGUCAGACUACCAAAGCGUUAUGGUCUUUCAGUCCUCUACGUACGGGAAGGUGCUCGUCCUCGAUGGAGUUAUUCAGGUGACGGAGAGGGAUGAGUGUGCGUACCAAGAGAUGAUCACUCACCUGCCCCUUUGCUCCAUCAAAGACCCCAAGAAGGUGUUGGUUAUUGGAGGGGGUGACGGUGGUGUUCUGCGUGAGGUUUCACGGCAUUCCUCUGUGGAACAAAUUGACAUCUGUGAAAUUGACAAGAUGGUGGUAGAUGUCUCCAAACAAUUUUUCCCUCAUUUAGCUGUUGGAUUUGAAGACCCUCGUGUGUCAUUACACAUUGGAGAUGGGGUUGCCUUUUUGAAAAAUGCUCCAGAAGGUACUUAUGACGCAGUAAUUGUGGACUCAUCUGAUCCGAUAGGUCCUGCUCAAGAGCUUUUUGAGAAGCCUUUCUUCCAGUUGGUGGCCAGAGCUUUGCGUCCAGGUGGAGUUGUAUGCACCCAAGCAGAGAGCAUAUGGCUACAUAUGCACAUUAUUGAAGAUAUUGUUGUCAAUUGUCGACAAGUUUUCAAAGGCUCGGUUAACUAUGCUUGGACAACGGUGCCUACAUACCCUAGCGGAGUUAUUGGGUUCAUGCUUUGCUCCACCGAAGGGCCUGCUGUUGAUUUCCAGCACCCUGUUUUCAACAUCGAGGAGGAUGAGCAUCCUAUGAAAUCAAAGGGACCCCUUAAGUUCUACAACUCGGAGAUCCACACGGCAUCAUUCUGUUUGCCUUCUUUUGCAAAGAGGGUAAUCGAGUCAAAAGCGAACUAGAUGUGAAGGGUAUCUCCAAGGGCUAAGUACCUUAGGCGCGCAACACAGAAUUUGUUGUAGUGUGAAAAGCGGAUGCCUCCCUCCCUUUUCUCCCACUUUGAUGAAUAGUAUAAGCACAGGAGAUGAGAUGCAACAGUUAUCGGAGUUAUCGGUCUACAUGGUCCUGACCAGUCGUAUGUCUCGGCUGCCUGGUGCAGCUAUGAAAACGUUUUGCAAUAGCUUUUUUCGGCAGUCCUCA